AAAACCACCAACAUUUCGCAUUUCGCCGUCGUCCCUCUGCAAUCAAACAGACACAAUGAUACUCCGACCGACCCCCACGAUAGCCCGCUCGCUACAACUGCAGCUCCCACGCGUGCCCCAACGUGGUUUUCUCGGCGCUUCCGCGACGCGAUCGAACCAGAACCGCAUCUUCGACAAUGUGCGCACGCCGAACGACUUGCACACCCUUACGCUGCUUUCGGCCGCCGAGAACCGUCCGCUCAUAACCAUGUGGAGCGCGAGCUGGUGCUCCACGUGCCAGGCUAUAAAGCCGCUGGUCAAGGGAAUGAUUGAGGACGAGCGCGUGGGACAAGAGGAAGGGGGACUGGGGUUUGUCGAGGUGGAGCUUGACAGCACAUUGAUAGGGGAUCUGGGUAUCAAAUAUAUGAUCACAUCUAUGCCUACGCUGCUAGCGUUCAGCAGACAGGAAGCGCAGUUUGAUACCAGACUCACAAACCCACAAGAAAUGAAGAACAAGGAGCGCUUGCGAGAAUGGUUGUUGAACGAGGCAAGAAGAGGUGGGCGUGCUGGUGGUGGAGGAGGCGGUCUGUUUGGUAGCAUAUUUUCCAAAUCAGGUUGAUACUGGCCCGUUGGAAGCGUUUGGUGUGUAGAAAUGCUGUAUAAUUACAUGUAAGUGUUCUAGAUUCACGACGGGUUUGCUACAUGCAGCAGCCAUCUAUCUUGAUCUUGUUUCUGCAGCUUCACAUAAUAUGGAGCCGUCCACGCAACCCUUUAUGUUCCCGGCAGCGACUGUUCUCAAAUACAAUUUCGUACAGCAUGCGCUUCUCAUUGCGGGUGUGAAACCCUGUAUC